UGUCGGGGUCGGGCGGUGUUUUUUGAGGUUAGGAAUUGUUUAAUUCCUAUAACAACUUGCUAUUAUGCCCAUUUUCUUCUAAAAGUAAUCUAAAAUUUCAAUUUUGAGUAAGAAUUAAACUUAUUUCACGAAAAAUGGCUACUGUGUCGAUGGCGCCUGCUCCUGGGAUGCACCAAAUUGAUUUGUCGAAGCUAAAUCUUCACCAGCUGGGUCAGUUGAAGCAGCAAUUGGAUCAAGAAUUAAAUGUAUUUCAAGACUCUCUUCAAACACUAAAAAUAGCACAGAGUAAAUUUGUGGAAUCAGGAGAGAGUGUUGAGAAAUUGACACCACAAACCAAGGGCAAGACUGUGCUGGUACCUUUAACUGGAUCCAUGUAUGUCCCUGGAGUAAUUACAGACACGGAACAUGUUAUCAUUGACAUUGGCACAGGCUAUUAUGCUCAGAAAGAUAUUGAAGGAGGCAAAGACUAUUUCAAAAGGAAAGUCCAGUUUGUAACAGAACAGAUGGAAAAGAUCCAACAGUUAGGCACAGAAAAGUCAAAGGCCAGGGAAGCUAUCUGCAUGAUGAUGGAAAUGAAACUGCAGGCGCAAGCGCAGGCCCAGAAGGCAGCUUCAUAACACUUGGCUCGCGUCUGUGUUCACAAACUGCUUGCUUUAAUACAAAUUUACUCCAAGAAUGCAAGUAUAGGUACAAUAGAAGAAUAUACAACAUUUUUACUGAAAUCAUUUUAAGUUAAAUGACUGAAGCAUACAUUUAUACAUGAGAGACAUAAUUCUUUGUCGAAAAAUGAAUGUGUACCUACGUUAUAUUCAUUCUCAGAAUGGACUUAAUAGAUUUUGUUGUACCAAAUGUUACGCAUACUUUGAUGAUACUGUUGUGUUAAAUUUAUUUAUUAAUUUUAAAGCUGGGAGCACCCUGCAUUCAUUGAUAAU